AUGGCGUCUCUGAAUCAGCGCCCGCUCGAGAAGCGAGACAGGACCAACGAGAAUUUUAAGGCAGCAAAGAACUUGUUGUCGCGAUGUGACCAAAUUAGGCAGCGAUAUGGUGCAGACGUAUACAUUCAAGUCCGUCGGAUGCAUAAACACUACGAGUACACUUCCUUGAAUGAGCCAUCGUGGCCGAAGACCAAGACAGAGAUGGAAAGAACGUACCCUGUUCCUGUGACGAGAACGCCCCUAGACUUUGUCAGUCGCCGAAGCCAAGCCCCGACCAGCCACCCCUCUUCUCCAACUCGCAGACUAAGGGGGGCCGCCGCCGAGGAAAAGGACGCCCAGCAUCGCGGUGAUAAUGGAUCCUCAAAAGCAGACAGCCGCAAGGCCCCGGUCCAUCGCGUAAAUGCAUACCAUUCCGGCAACCCAAUAGAGCUAGAGGGGAGAUCAGAGGAUGCCGCACGCUGCAGGGAGCUAGUCAAGAGUGACAGCUCGAAAAGGGCAUGUGUAGUAAAUCGUAGAUUUGAUUUGCCAGCCAGGAGCGGGGAUCCGCUGUGGUGUACAGCUGGGUUGGAAGUGUGA